AUUUUGGCAGGACAAGCAUGGCAAGGGAAUCAUACAACUAGUGGAACUAUGCUUGGUACUCGAUCGUUUGCUACCAAGCAUUCGUUUUCAACCGACAAAGAUGAUGAAGAAAGAGAGCAGCUAGCAAAGGAGCUGUCAAAAGAUUGGAAUUCAGUCUUUGAGCGGAGCAUAAAUACUCUCUUUUUGACUGAAAUGGUUCGAGGUCUGAUGCUGACGCUCAAGUACUUCUUUGAAAAGAAAGUGACUAUUAACUAUCCCUUUGAGAAGGGGCCUUUAAGCCCUCGUUUUCGUGGAGAACACGCCCUUCGACGUUAUCCCACAGGAGAGGAAAGAUGCAUUGCAUGUAAACUUUGUGAAGCUAUUUGCCCUGCUCAAGCUAUCACAAUCGAGGCCGAAGAGCGAGAAGAUGGCAGUCGUCGAACAACUAGGUAUGAUAUCGAUAUGACAAAGUGCAUCUACUGUGGAUUCUGCCAAGAAGCCUGCCCUGUUGAUGCCAUUGUUGAGGGGCCCAACUUUGAGUUUGCAACUGAAACUCACGAGGAACUCCUUUACGACAAGGAGAAACUUCUUGAGAAUGGAGAUCGAUGGGAAACUGAGAUUGCAGAAAAUCUGAGAUCCGAAAGUCUCUAUCGCUGAGGUUUUUCGUUGAAUAUAAGCUGAAUUUUCUUAUAAAGUGAUCCACAAAAUAAAGGGGCUUGCUGAAUGCUCUUAUUUGUACUUUCCCUUGUUUAUUGAUUGUUGAGAUGGCUUUAUUUCGUAUAAAUUUUUGAAAGAACUAGAGCAGGAUCUUGAACUAGAUUUCUGAUAUGGCAAGCUGAAAUACCUGAAAAGGUAUCGUUCAUGGCCGGACACUAGUGGCUAUUAUGCACUCAAUUACUCCUUUCGUACUAAUGGGUUCUUAACGGAGGCGGCCUUUUUUACUUGCCAA